AUGCGUCUUGCCCCGCAGCCAAGUGCGCAACCCUUGCGGCUCAUAGUUCUGCUACUCCUCACCUCUGGGGUGAACACAUCCCCGGUGCUCUCCACGGGUUGUCCGGACAGGUGUGUAUGUGAUGACCAGUUGGUGGUUCAAUGCGCUGGGCAGCACCUGACCUCCUUCCCGGUCAACUUGCCGCUGGCCACGCGGCAGCUCAUCAUCUCCAACAACCGCAUCGUGGAGCUGCCGCCGCUUGCGCUCAACUACCUCUCUGAUCUUGUGUAUCUGGACUGCAGCAACAAUUCAUUGACUGAGAUAUCUGAGUCCACGUUUGGGAAUCUACGGAAGCUAGCCUACCUGGACCUCUCCUUCAACACCCUGAGCCGGAUCGAGGACAGGACGUUUGGCCCCUUGGCGAGCCUGGUGAUGCUUAGAAUGACGGACAACCCGGGGCUCUCGGAGAUUCACCAGGACGCUUUUGCUGAAAACGCGGCUCUUCAGGUGCUGGAUGUGAGCCGGAACAACCUGACAGUCCUAAACAUCACCACCCUGAUCGCGUUGCCUGCCCUGCGCUCUAUGGGGCUCAGCGGGAACCCAUGGAGCUGCGAGUGCGACAACGAGGAUCUGUGCCUGUGGGUCCACCUGGAGGGCUUCAAGUUUCAAG